AUGGCACUAAAAGGAACUUCUUCAGUUAAUUUUGACGUUAAGUCUCCAGCAUCCGACUUCUUUCAAGAGUUCAUGGUGAAGACGAAUUUUCCUAAGGAAGGCCAUGCCGAGAUAGAGAUUGACACAAUAGCUGGUACGGAGAAGAGAAGGAAUAGGUACAAAAUGAGCCGCUUUCAUAUCACAAAAGAUUGGUACGAGACUAUCAAAGAAUCCCUCCCUGAUGACAAGACGUGGCAAAACCUGGAUCGUUUCAAGCAGCUUGAAGGAACCAUGACUGUCAUUGCUAAGGAAGGUGGUAAAGGAGCAGAAGGUGUGUGGACUGUUGAGUACGAGAAGACCCGGAGUGAGCUGGACGUCCCACACUUCAUCAUCGACACUUGUGUCAAGUUCUUUAAGGUGAUGGAUGAGAAUCUUUUGGAAUUAUCUAAUUAGAAAAACUAAACAAGUUAAAUAAAGUUGAACCCCAUAUAUAGUUCUAUAUAAUCUAAGCUUAUUAAUGCAGUGUAUGCAAUAAGCUAUUUUAUCAUUUACAACAAUUUUCAUUUAAGAUACUCAUAAA